UCGCCAAGGACUUAAGACAACAGCCCCCUCCCACCAUGAAGAAGCCCCCCAGGGUCAGCUGGGGAUUGGGCAUGCCACCCAGGCCUAGCAAAGCCAGCCAGGACUACUGACCCUCUUCGCCUCUGCAGAUUGUUCCCUCGUGCAUCCAGCAGAGGGCGCAACCCCUCUCACCCUGCCGCUUCCCCACUUGGCGACCCAUGGACCCGGCAGCUCCCCGGAUGGCAGAUUGGGUGCCCUGCUUCCGGCUUGCAGCUGCUUACACGCGGACUCGGAUCCCCAGGGACUUGGUAUUGGCGUCUUGCUGCCCUACUGCCUGGCGUUGACCUGGACCGGUCGGCAUCCUGGAUCCGGCAACACGGAAGCAACCUGACAGCCAUCCCCUGAACCAGUUUGCUGACCAGGCACCAUGUCGGGAGAUUAUGAUGAAGACAGACACCGCAGGGCAAUGGAGCUUCUUCAUGUGCUGUGUUCCAACACAUGCGCUGCCCAGGAACGCGAGAAGUGUCAGGAACUGACAGGCCAUGUGGGUCCCAUCAACUCAGAGAUCCUGGUCAGCCUGCUGUCAGUGAUCGUGACCUUCUGCGGGAUCGUGCUGCUGGGCGUCUCCCUCUUUGUCUCGUGGAAGCUGUGCUGGAUCCCCUGGCGGGACAAGGGCUCCUCUUCGCAGACGCAACGCAAGGAGCACCUUCUCCAUGCUCACCUCCACCAUUCGCCUUUCGGGGACCUCCUGCCCGAGCGGAUGGAGCUGGGUCCCGAGAUGCCCGAAAGGUCCUACCUCGAUAUGGAUUCCUACCCCGAGGCCAACCUCAAGGUCAGCCAGACCUCCCCUGACCUCCCUGUGGAAGGCCAGACCAGCACCAAGGAAGGUACCAUCCCCAACGCCCACUCCCAUCAACAAGUAGCAAGCUUGGCACCCACACCCAGGUACAACACGCUGCCGCGCCCUGUGACACAGCAGUUGAGCAGCCCGGACACCGGCGUCCACGGAGGGGAGGAGAAGGUGGAACAAGUGACUAGCAUUGGGCAGAUAAAGCCCGAGUUAUACAAGCAGCGCUCGGGCGAGUCGGACUCCAAGAAAGGCGAGGCCGCCAGCUGUGGGCGGAUCAGCUUUGCCCUGCGGUACGCCUACGGCACCGAGCAGCUGGUGGUGAGGAUUCUCCGGGCCUUGGACCUGCCUGCCAAAGACGCCAAUGGCUUCUCCGACCCCUACGUGAAAAUGUACCUGCUGCCCGACCGCAAGAAGAAGUUCCAGACCAAGGUGCACCGCAAGACGCUGAACCCCAUUUUCAACGAGACUUUCAACUUCAAUGUCCCCUUUGCCGAACUGCCCUCGCGCAAGCUCCACUUCAGCGUCUACGAUUUCGACCGCUUCUCCCGCCACGACCUCAUCGGCCAAGUGGUGCUCGACAACCUGCUGGAGAUCGCAGAGAGGGACAACGACGCGCCCCUCUGGAGGGACAUCAUGGAGGGGCAUUCGGAAAAAGCGGAUUUAGGGGAGCUGAAUUUCUCUCUCUGUUACUUGCCCACCGCUGGGCGCCUCACGGUCACCAUCAUCAAGGCCACCAACCUCAAAGCCAUGGAUCUGACUGGAUUUUCUGAUCCCUACGUCAAGGCAUCCCUCAUGUGCGAAGGGCGGCGGCUGAAGAAGCGCAAGACGUCCAUCAAGAAGAACACGCUCAACCCCAGUUACAACGAGGCCCUCGUCUUUGACAUCCCGCAAGACAGCAUGGAGCAUGUCAGCAUCACCUUGGCGGUCAUGGAUUACGACUGCAUUGGGCACAACGAGGUCAUCGGGAUGUGCAGAGUGGGCAGCGACGCAGAUGCACCUGGGAGGGACCACUGGGCCGACAUGCUGGCGAACCCACGCAAACCCAUCGAGCACUGGCACCAGCUAGUGGAGGAGAAGACUUUGAACAGCUACAUCAACAAGAAUCCUCCAGCGCGGGACAAACCCAGCAUCGUAGUAGAAAGUGUUCAGUCGGACUAAGGCAACCACCACCAGCCCUUUGCCACCAGGGACUGGUUCCAGUGAUGUGCGCUCAGCCUCGGAACUUUCUGGACUGUUGUUUCCUCUGACCCCACCCCACAGGAACUGUCAGCAAAGGGGGGGGGGACACGCCUGGUAUGGUGGGGUGUGAGAUUAUGCCCUUCUUCGAUCCCCCAGGAAGCCGCUGCCUGUUGCAUCUUAUCCCCCCCCCCCCAAGCCAUAAAGGCAGCCACCAAGGAGAAUUUUCCAUGCGGGGCAGGAAUUGUGCGUGCUGGGCGUCUAGAGCGGAAAUACAUUCCCCUUCCCCACUCGUCCUUUUUACAUCAGGGAGGGAGGGGAGGUGGCAGUCGGUGACAUGUAUGUUUUGGGAGUCUCUGCUACGAAGCGUCAGGCUGGAGCGCGGGCACGCCACCGUUUUGUUUUCCGAUGGAGGUCCCGUGCCUUUUCAACAAGUUGCAUGGCAGGCAGGAAUCCAACAGGUGCCCCCGUCACAAAACACACCUGUGGGCCAGGCGACUGCUCUGUUGGAAGUUCUGACAGCAAAAGCAACAGACUCCAUGACAGGCAGGAGGGACAUUCUUUGACAGAUUCCCAGAUUUAACCUUCUCCCCUCUCUCUCCCCACUCCCAAUCCCAAGUAUGGGAUUUCGCUCUUUUCCUAGCUGUGAAUUUUGGACAAAGUGACUGUUUACCCUCUGCUGGAGAAUGUGGAUGAUUUUUUUUUCUUCUGGUGGGGUGGAGGCAAUAUUCUGGACUCCCUCUCUGUUCUUUGCUUUCUCUUGUCACAGUAGACCUCUUGGAUGAGGUAAGGGAACAGGGAACGGUUCCUUCUGCUGCCUACUUGGGGGGGGGGGCAGAGAGGGAAAAGGUCCUCCCAUUUCGCAAGAAUGCACGCGGGACCCUUUGCUCCAGUCUGCAUGAGGGGCAGGGGGGAGACGUUGGGGCUUUCCUGCCCUCGCUACUCUGCCCAGAGGGGCAACUGGCAAAGAGAGGGUUGAGGGGGGCACUGGCAUUUCUCAGCACAGAUUAGGUGGCCUGUAGUCACCACAAAAGGCUCCACGAUGGACAAAGUUUGGAGCCAAUGUUUUGCUCCUCCUUUUAAACUGGAUUGGGGCCUCCCUGAACUCCCAACGUAGUCAACUGAUUCUGGACUGUGUGUGUGUGUGUGUAAGUGUAUGGGGGUAACAGUGUCUCUCUUCCCCCCCUCCUUCCCCAAACUUUGUUAAUUUAGUUCUUCUGUAGCUUGCAUGGUUGCCUCCCGCCUGGUUUGGGUAGGCGGGCUGGUUCCCAGAUUUAAGCUGGGGGAGUGCCUGUUCAGAGAACCCAGGUGUCCUAGUUCUGUCUUAUAAAAGUCCUGCUCGUGUCGCUCUU